GGCAGGCGCGACCAGCGCAUAUUCGAGAGAAACCUGGCGCCCUGGUGGCGGUCUUUGGGGCGGCCAUAUUUUCUCUCGUGGGUUUCAAUCACGAAGGUGGUGGUUCGCUGACAAUUUCUGGGAUGCGACGUACAAAGUUGUUUUUGCGCGUUCUGUACUCGUAAAUAAGUGAUCAGUGCCAAUCAUGGCUAAAGGGAGUAACAAUUUAAGUGGAAGACGGUCAUCGUCGCACAAUACAAAGCCCUACGACGCAAACAAUUCAUUUGUAAAAAAAGUAGCAACGAAAGUGACAGAUUUUAUACCACAAAGAUCAUGGAUCAGUAAGUGGUUUAACUCGUCUCAAAAUGAAGGUGAUGCGUUAGAUGACAAUGAAAAUGCUGAAGAGGUUGAAUCCGAAGAAGAAAUUCAAAAACCUCCACCUUUAAAACGACCAUGUAUUCGUAUGGAUGUUACUCAUCCUCCUGGUACAUUCUUGAUUCAAACAAGAGCUAAAGCUCCAGUUAACAAAGCCAGUUCUUCUAAACAACAAUAUUCCAUAUGUAAUGAAAUGUCUGAAGAUUUUUCUGAACCUGCAAUGGCUGGGCCAAGUAGGAUGAGCCAUUUAAUAUCUUCCACGCCUGCAAUGCCAACAGAUAUUAGGAAUAUAGCCCAACAGAGGUCUGAGUUGAAUUCUAUAACUGUUGCCACGAAUAAUGGAACUACAAAUGGUACAGAUGAUAAUUCUGAAUCCAGCGAAAGCACCAGUGGCUGCAGCUCUCUUAUUCCACAAAUAAAUAGACAAGAGGCUCCAUCAAAUGUCUCGUAUAACUCCUCAUUUUCGAAUCGAAAGAGUUUUAAUAAUGACAAAUUAACUUUUACUAACCGUAUGCAGUCUCCAAGAUCUUUAUUUUUAGAUAGUAAUCGAGAUUCCUUAAGCAACCGUAGACCAAGCUUUAAUGCAUCGGUCAUGACAAACACGUCGGAUCGUGCAUCGCCAUUAUCGUCUCCUUUUUACAGCGGAAAUACUACUUUUGGUGGAGCAAAUGCAGCUGGUCUUUAUAAACGAAGUCGCACUUUAUUCAACAGUUCGAACGAGAUUCAACUUAAAGUUCCAAGAAGAACAAGCGUUGAAGUAAAACCAUCUAAUACAACAGGAGUUGAUUCAUCUGGUAUGAGUCAAACGGCUAAGAAAAUAUUAGAAGCAUUAGAACACUUUUCAUCGCCAAUAACUGAUGCUAAAAAAAUUCCAUUAAAAAUGAUAAAUAAUACAUCAUCAACAAGUAAAAAGAGAACAAGAGAGGAAACAUCGCCAACGGUUAAAGUUGGAUUGCGCCAUUUAACUCGUGAAUUAACCGUACCAAAUGUGCCCGAUAUAUUAAAAUUGAGACGUCGUCAAAAACUACAAAAUAUAACAUCUGCAGUUAGAAAAAUUGUUUCAGCACGAACUGAACCACCACCCCUACAAGAAUACCAUCUUAGAACACAAGCUGAUGAAGGUUCGAAACAUCAUGGAAAACUUAAAGUUAAAACAGCAAAUCUUGAUGAAGAAGACACAGUUGAACCAGUCAAUUUACCAAGUAUACCUUUGCCAAUAUCUUCUUUACCUAAUUUUAACUUUAUGUCACCUGUUAAUUCAAAAACAGUAGAUAAAAGUUGUGUGGACAAAGAAGAAACUUUCACGUUUGCAAGUCCUAUAAAAGUAACAAAUAUUACACAAAAUUUAAAAUCUAUUAACAACUUUACAUUUAGUAGACCAAUUACAGCUGAUAAACAAUCAAUCGAUAACUCUAAUAAUUCAAGUUCACCUUUAAAAAGAGUUAAUGCUAAAUCUACAUCACCUAGCAAUUGUGUACCUACUGUAACACAGAAUUUUAUGUGGUCUACUUCAUCUACAGCACCCAGACCAAAAGAGAAAACAAAGAAUAGAGACAGUCCUGUUCCUACUACUUCGAACGAAUUAAAAUCGGGAAGUGUAAUGGAUAUUCUUGAUACUAAAUCUAAUAAAACUGGACCUGAGAAAUCGAGUGAAACAAAAAUGCAAGUAGAGUUAAAUAAAGAUUCUAUUAAUAACAAAGCAAACGCAGUUACUUUAGAUACAAAUAAAAAUGAUAUUAUCAUUGCAAGUUCAAAGCCUGAUACUCAGCAAGAUACUUCGAAUAUGUGGGAGUGUUUGGAAUGUUUGAUUAAAAACAGCAAUUCUGAAACACAGUGCAUUACUUGCAAAACUACCAGGCGAAGUCCUAAUGAUAAUAAAGCUAGCGAAUUGUUACCAUCGUCGAGUAAUAUCAGUGAAUCAAAGACUACAACCAAUGAUCACUUUGGAUCCCAGUUUAAAAUGUCGAAUAAUCAAUGGGAAUGUACAUCGUGUUAUGUAAGAAACAAAGAAACUGAUCAAAAAUGUGUUGCGUGUACCUCGGUUAGAUCAGACUCCAACCAUAGCAAAUUAGCUACAACAAAAUUACCAAAUUCUGACCUGAAUAACAUGAAAUCCUUGGAAGAAUCUUGGGAAUGCUCUAAUUGUGCACUAAGAAAUUCUGCAAACUCUGUGACGUGCUCUUCUUGCGAUAUACCUAAGUCAAAUUUGUUGAAAACAAGUCCUAAAAAUGAUAAAAGUUUCACGGAUGAAAUAAAUACCGUAGCUAGUCAGAAGACUGGUAUGCCAAUCAAUACAUCAUUAAAUACUUCAACCGUCACUAAAAGUGAAAGUAUGGAUAAAUUUAAACCAAGUAAAGAAACAUGGGAAUGUCCUUGUUGUAUGGUUAGAAAUGUUAUUUCCGUCGAUUCUUGUCCAUGUUGCAAUACAGCUAAACCUAAUACAGGAAAUGCAACUAAAACCGUUCCCUCGUUAGUUGCAAAUGGAUUUGGAGAUAAAUUUAAGAAACCUGAAGGUGCAUGGAAUUGUGACUCUUGUAUGUUACAAAAUGAGGCAAAAGUUACAGAGUGUGUUGCUUGUGGUGGUGUAAAACCAGGAUCAAAGAAAUUAGACAAUUCGACUACAAAUACUAGUUCCAAUUUACAAUUUAGUUUUGGUAUGCCUUCAAAUACUGGGGGUUUUAAAUUUGGAAUAAGUAAAGAUGAUCAACAAAAGACUGAUAAUGUAACACCUAUGAAUAAUUUUAAAUUUGGUGAGAGUCAAGAAAGUAGCCAAGUUGGUCAAUUUACAUUUGGCAUUCAAAGAGAAGAAAAGAAAACAUCCAGUGGAUCAUUGCAAUCUGAAAACAGUGCCUCUUUGACUGUAGGAAGUGGUUUUGGGUUAUUAGUUAAUCCAAAAACUAUAGAAAAAACUGAUCAAAAGCAAGAUUCUGAGAAGGUUGAGGAAAAGCCGAUGUCGUCUUUUUCAUUUGGUAUGCCAAAAACUGAAAAUGCAGCAGCAGAAAAUGAUAAGCAGUCUGUAAAUGUAGCAUCUACAAUUCAAAGCGCCACACUUCCGUCUAUUUUCACGUUUGGUGUAUCAAAAUCUGAAAUUAAACAGCCAGAUAUAGAAAAAGGAAAACAGGACUCUUUGCUUGCAAAUUCUGUGACGGAAGUUUCAAAGCCAAGCACAAAAACUACUGAAUCUUCUACCAUUACUAGUGCCAGCACGUUAACUUCAAUUACUCAGAGCAGUUCACAAGAACUUAAAUCAACACCUCUCUUUACAUUUGGUGUACCAAACAGCACGGUUGCAGUUAGCAGCAGUGCCCCUACAAGUGUAAUAACAAGUCUUCCGUCUUCUACUCAAUCUUCCUUUGUAUUUCCUGAAACAAAGCCAGCACAAACAACACCUGUACCGACUUUUGGUCAAAUACCAUCAGCUUCUGCUUCUACUCCGUCCAGUACCUUUACAUUUGGAGAGAACAAAACGAAAGAAGGAACUUCGGCAACUAAAACGUUCGGUGCAUUACCAAAUGGCUCCUCCGGAAGUUCAAUAUUUUCAAACAUUUCAAGCACUCCGUCAUUGUUUGGCACUAGCGAUGCGAAGACUACAGCUACAUUUGGAUCAGAAAAGAACAAGCAACCUACAUUUGGUACCACUGCAAGUAAACCAUCUGCUUUUGCAAUACCAGGGACUAAAGUGCCAACAUUUGGCAGUAUAGAAAAUAAACAUUCGAUUUUUGGAUCAUCCGAUACAAAAAUACCUGUAUUUGGAAGUACAGAUACUAAACCAGCACCUCUAUUCAAUCCAACUCCUCAAGCGCCAGCAUCAACAACUACAUCAACUUUUAGUGCACCGUCAGCCGCACCAUCUCUUUUUGGAUCAUCCGUUACUCCUGUCUUUGGAAAUAACACUUCUGCAACAUUUUCUACUGAGUCAAAACCUAAUAUAUUUGGGUCUACUGCAAAAUCAAGCGAAACCAAUACACCAAAUUCAAAUUUAUUCACUUUCAAUGCCACUCCUGCUCAACCAGUAGCACAACUAGGGUCUGGUUUCAAGUUUUCUGCAAAUACUAAUCCUACUGGAUCAACUCAGAAGCCAUUAUUUACAUUUGGUAGUAAUACAAGUACACCAAAGAGUAGUAAUGUAUUUGGAGGAACAUUCAAUAACCCUGGAUCGAGCAAUUCUUCUGGCUUUACAUUUAAUACACCUCCUAAGCCAGAAGCACCAGCAUUUGGUCAAUCUACCGUUACUACACCGAUUUUCGGUGCACCUCAAUCUGGAUCUCAGGAUCAACCGUUAUCCUCAUUUCCAUCGGCUCCUGCAAAUACAGGAUUCAAUUUUGGAUCUACAGCAGCUGCUACACCUUCAGGCGGAUUCAAUUUCGGCGCAGUUGCACCAGCCUCCGCAACAUCCGCAGGAUUUAAUUUCAACCCUCCUAGUGCUACACCAACAUUUGAUCCUAAUACUCCGCCGUCGUUUAAUUUCACUGGUGGCAACGCGCCUCCAAUGUUCAGUGGUACUCCUCAAGGUUUGGCGCAUAGAAAAAUCAAGAAAGCUUUUAGAAGAAUGCGGUAGAGGGCAAGUAAUAUGUGACACUAACUGCUUAUACACACGGAUGCAUCUUUUACAUCUACUUUAUGCAACCGCGUGUGUAAAUAUGGUUUUGAAUGUAUGCUAAAAGUUACAGUAUGGUACAGUGAAAAUGUCAUAUACCAACCGAUCACAUCAACGUGGUGGUAUACCAAGCACUUUAUGUAAUAUAUUUAUCUGCCGAUGGGACAUGCUUGCAUACAGCCACUUGUGUUCUACAGGAUCUGUAAAUUAUAAAUUAUUUAAAUUAUACAAUUAAUAAUGAAUGAUACUUUGAUGUUGGCAUGAAGCCACUAUCGCAUUACAAAUACCUUGUCCAAACGAGACGAUAUAUACAGGAUGAACCACAUAACUUGAUCACCUUAAAUAUUUCUGAUAUAAGCAGACAAAUUAAAGUAUUUUUCGUUUUCUAUAGUUUGAUUCGAAAGAGCCUUUGUGCUAAUUAUAAUAUAGUUUUUAUGUUAUUUCCAUUUACCUGUAUUGUUUGAUAUGGAACCCUACAAUUCUAUUCAUAUUUUAGCAAAAUACAUAGACGAGUUGAGAAAGUAACAUAAAACAUUUUUCUUUGUCAUCAUAACUAAAGAUAAAAUAAUAUAAAAAUAUUUGACACUAAUUCUAUAAUGUUGUAUAUUUCGUGACGUUUCUGUGUGAUUAAUAUCAAUCAUUAUUGAUGUAUAAGUAAGUAGCUCCUUCCAAUCAAAUUAUACAAGAUAGAAAAUAUUUGAGUUUAUCUUUUAACAUUGGAAAUAAUCAAUGUGAUUAAGUUAUGUGGUUCACCUUAUAUAUGUACUGAUGACAUAAAUAAAAACUAAUUUGCUGAAACAGGAGAGUACCUCGAUAGAGAAACCUAAUAAGCACUAGAUGCGUGCAAUUUUUUGAGGAUUGCAACUGGGAAAUAAUGUACCCCUCAGGUAAGUAUAAGUCAUUCACAACUCGUGACAAUGUUUUUGUAACUCAAGAGAGGGACGAAACAUGUGCCGAAAUAUGUUAUUUUGUCUGUAAAGAAAAAAUGUUGCAGGAAAUUGCAAUAACUUUAUUCUUAUAUUUAUAACAUAAAAACAAUCAUCUAUACCUGACUAGUUAUUUUUCAUAAAUUCACAAAAGUAUACAGAAUUUGACAUAGUCAGGUACAUAAAAUUAAAAGAGCUUAAUAAAAGAAAAAAGGAAUAUACUUGACAGAAUACCUUUAUUCAUUUGUUCUAUCAAAUUUGACGCGUUACGAGUAUUGUGAAUCGACUGAAUAUCAAUGGAGUCCCACUGCGUAUAGACAUUAAUUAUAGUUAAAUUAAGAUUUCAUGGACAGUUCUACAGUUUUUGUAGUACUAGUUCAAGGAAAGUGUAUCAUACACAAAAAUGGCAUUCGGAUAGUACAAACUCACGAUUACUGAACGAUUACAUCGAGUAGUCGAAAUUGUAUAUUUUUUUUAUAUAUUGAAUGAUUAAUCCUAUAAGAAAAUACUGAAUGCCAUUUUAAUAGAAUUAAAUUAUAGUAAUGUUGCGUGCUUUAUCAUAGAGUGAAUGAAAAAUGAAUCGAGAGGCAUGUUAAAUGGAAAAAUAAAUUAUUACGGGGCUUCUAAAGAGUUACUUUUAAAACGUUGUUUUACUCAAUCAAAUGUAAUUUUAUAUUUAAAUUCUUAAACUUUUCAAUUUUAUAUAGUGUUGAUUUUGCAAUGUAUAUGAUGAGGAAAUAUCACUCUGUACUUUAAUGAAGUUACUAGGUCAAAGUAUUUUCUUUUUGAAAGUUAAUUAUAAUUUCUUUUAUAAUAUUUUUACGUUCUAAUGGCAUUAUAACAUCGAUGAAUUGCCGAAUUUUACAAUGAGUGCAAUGCUGUUAAGAGUGAUAUUAGUUUCUGUAAAUGUAAGCGUAAUGCAAUUGUUCCCAAGAUACAAAGGAACCGUAAAGCAGACAAUUCUUUUUAGAAGUCCCUAAAUGCAGAAAGUAGUUAGUCGACGUGUUGAUGAUUAAUAAAUUUAAUAUUACAUCAUGCACGUCCUAUUUAAGUUUAGAAUAGUUAUGUCUAUAAUGUUGGCUUAAAAUUGACAGUAGCCAAGAAUAACUCGGCACAAGACCCACCUUCUGCCAUUAUAGUUAUGUAGGUACAAAACAAUUUUGUUACAUAUUGUUACUCUAUAUGUUGUGUAAUAUUUACAAUGUAGCUUUUAAGGCAUUUUUAGUUUUUUGCAUACAUUAUUAGGAAAAGAAGGAUAAUAAAUAAAAAAAACCUUGAUUUCAUGUUGGUAAUUUACAAAUUACAUACUCUGCAAACACCCUUCGUAGCCAGUUAUCUAUUACGACGCAAUAGUAUUGCUGAUUACGUAAAAGGUCUACCAAUGCGAGUAUUAAAAUUUCUCUUUGCGUAGUUAAAAUUACAUCUAUCUGUAAAACGUAGAACAAGAUCUGUAGCAAUUCUAUAAUUGACAUUAAAUAGUUAUACUUACAAUGUUAUUCUUUGUAUGAAAAGGAUCUUGUCUACGAAGGGUUCUUCCGCACGUAGUUCUAUUGUAUAACUUAAAGAACUUAUAACUUUGUAUAAUAAUUACCAGCUGAAACACUAACCAAUGGUAAAGUGAGGCUGCGCUGAGAUAUGUCUAUGCUGCUGUCUUACACUGUGAACAUUCUCUGUCAAGGCUGUGUCGUCAAUUUGUCUAUCCCUAGACAAAUUUCCAAAUUAAUAAAUAUAUCAAAUACUGUCCCAAAGGAACAGUACCUUCGUAUUAAAUCUCGUAUAUGGCCUUAAAGAAACACAUAACGAGCGUAUGACGUAGAUGUAUUAACAAUUGUAAAGCAAAUCAUGUUGGAAUUGUUUUGUAGCAGUUUGUACUCUCUAUUGCAGUAUGCAUAAAUACUUGAAGGAGCAUUACAUUAAAAUCGUUCAACAAUAGAUGCAUAACAACUCAUGACUCGUAGAAUGCAUGUCUUUGUAUUUAUAAUUAUUGUAACCGGUAUUUUACUAUAAUUAUCAAAUUUAAUAUUAUUUUCUGUAACACUUGAAUGUGUAUUAUAAUUGUAUUAUUCGAAAAAAUUAU